UUAUUAUUUUUUUGUUUUUGCAGCAAAAUUGCGCCGAUAUCUAGACUGCACGCGUCUGUAUGCAGUUCCGUCUCGGUGUUGUAGAGUGCAAGGAUCGAUAACCUGGUGAGUUCCGAUUUCAAAAGUUCAAACGAUACAUUUAUCAUCAAAAUCAAAUUUAAUAUCUUUCUUCAAAACAUUCUUGGAGCUGUUUUCGUCGCGAAAUCUUUAAUAAAUUUGCAAAGAUAACUCGCCAGGCCCAAGAAGCGCUGAACUUCAUGAACAUUAUUCGGUUUUUAAAAUUUUUAUAGCCUCUUAUGUGUCUCGGGCUCAACAUAAUUCCAUUUUCUGAAAUAAGAUACUCUAAAAACUCGAUGCUUUUCUUUAAGAAUUGAAUUUUAACAUUUAUUAUAAUUUAAUUCAAAUUGGUAUUUUUUUAGAAGGAUUAAAGUCUUUGCCAGGACUGCUAAAUUUUGGUCGACCGAUUCAGACGGGAUCAACGUCGUCCAUAUAGAUGACAAUUUUGUCUUCCCGUAUCAACGGAUUCAAGAUUUGAACUACGCGCUUUUGAAACUGCGCGGGAGCCUCCGAAUAUCCAAAUCGGUAAUCGCACAUACUCGAAUUGGCCGUCCGGCGUGGCAAAAGAGAAAUAUUUUGUGUGCUUCUCGUGUACUUGGAUCUGGUAGAAGCCGUCUUUGAGAUCGAGCAACGUGAAAACAUUUUUACCAUUUAAUGUAGAUAAACAAUUCUCGAUUACCGAAAACGGGUAUUUUGGCUUCACCACUCUUGUAUUGAGUGGGCGCAAAUCAACGCAUAAAUGAAUUUGACCGUUCCGUUUUCGCUCUGGUAUGACGCGAGCGCAAAUACGGAGACAUACUGGGUUUUAUUAUCCCUCGAUCGAGCAGAUCGUCUGUAAUUUCCCGAAUUUAAACACGAAGACAUUCGGUAUAACCAAAAUGGCACGGAGAGUACGCAUUUAUGACGCGUCAAAAUCAAUUUAGAUUUCAUCCACCAGCUGCUCCAGCUUUUCAGCCGGUUCUUCCUCAACGCACAAUGAUAAGUGAAAGAAGAAAUUAAUGCAGGAAUCAAUCUUAUUCUCUCCAUCGAGACCAUGUAGUUUGUAAAUCAAAGUCAAUUUCUCAUGCUGCAUAAAUUCGCAGUCCAAAAUUAUGUCGUCUUCAAAGGAACUGUCAGCCAUAACAUAAAGAUCUGUGACUAAAGUUCUAUCUCCUAACAAACAGAGAAAUUGACAGAGACUAUAUCUGAAAUUUCGAGCGGUUCAUUAUUCAAAUUUACCAAUCGUUUAACGUUUGGACGGCACUAACUAAUGGAUGGACGGAUCCAUUCCUUGUAAACGGACGACUUAAAGAAACCGGGCUAUCGGUACCCAUUAGCGCAAUUAAUUGACAAUGUUUACUACAAAUACUGUUUACAGUGACGUCCGGUUUAUUCAUUUCCAAGGUGUGUUCUGCCAUAAUCAGCACAACCGGGCCGUCCAUGGAAGCCUCAUAGGAGACGGGCACAGCUCAUCGACUCGAGUCCGAAGAUGCUAAGACAGAGGAAAUCGCUGAUUCUUCCCUGGAAGAUAAGAACAAUCGUAUUCCGUUUCGGCACGGAGUAUCGCGCACUUUCGUCGGAGGAUGCGACGACUGCUGGGGCCUCCUCUCAACUUCGGUGAAGCCCUCUGUUAUGCAUCGCAUUUUGUCUAGGAAACUGUCCAGCGAAUCACCGGCCACCGAGAGAGCCGUAGCCCUCAAGGAACUGAGCCCUCACACCACCAAUCAACAAAUGUAUCACAUUCCUAACAGGGUCCGACUGGAUUUUGUAUCACUGGCGGGCGUAACUAAUCAACUUAUUGGAUGCUACCAGCAAUGUGAUUCCAUUCGUCAUCAUGGAUCUGAGACUUUAUCCACUCUUCUAGUCCAGACCACUACACUUUCAUUCUCAGAUCCAGCAAAUUCCAGGAUUUGUGCCGCCAGCCACGAUACUGAGUUUUCCGCCGCCGCCCCUUCGGAGCGCGCGACUUCACUUGGCGAUGAUCUCGCAAAGAUUCUGCAUCUGCCAUGAAUUGCUGCUGCUGACGAAGGAGAUUCUCCGAAAAUUGCAUCAUCGUCUCUUGGAAUAUAUUGGAAAGCGGAAAGCGGUGCUUCCUCACGCACCUCCUGUGUGGGCAUCUCCGGCUUGGAGGAGAGACUGCGCGCGAUUCCAGUAUCAAUCUCGACAAACCCUGUCUCUCUACAUGAGACAGAAUUGCCUCUAUUAAAGUC